GAGUGGCCUUGGCAUCAGCUUUGUCAAUCUCCACAUGAAAGAGUUAUUUGUUUCCGUCUUCAACCUUUGAAUUGUCAAACUUUCCCCAUCAAACCAUUUAAUCUCUCCUUCCUAAACCCCAAUGACUUUGCUUUACUCCAAACCUGCAAGUCACUUACUCUCCCAAACUUUGAGACCUUCCCCUACCAUUCAUGAUUUCCAAGUCAAUCUCAUAGGCAAUCUGAGUUUUUCCACAAAAUUGACCAAUUCCAGAUCUUCUGUUUGCUUAAAGCUGACCCAUGUUUUCUUCUUUGGAGCACUUUGUUUUCUUACAUAGUCACAUGGCUAUAGCCUUUGCAGCUCCUUUGGCUCUUCUUUCUGUGCUCCUCUUUUUGGCUGCUCAUUCUGUGCAGUCUUCAUUUCCCUACCAUGGAUUCAAUGACACGGAAUUUGCUCUUGAUGGAGCGCUUGUUCUGAAUCCUUCUGGUGCGUUGAGGCUCACCAAUCGAUCACGUAACGUUAUAGGGCAUGCAUUCUAUCCGACUCCAUUCCAGAUGUUUGAUAAAAAUUCUGACCCAUCUGCAAAUGUGUCAUCCUUCAACACAACUUUUGUUUUUGCAAUCAAUCCAUCGAGCCCCGGACAAGGUGGCUACGGUCUGGCCUUCGUCUUAGCUCCAUCAACCAAUUUUGAAGGUGCAGAUAGUAAACACUUCCUUGGAUUAUUCAACUCUUAUAACGAUGGUAACCCUUCAAACCAUAUAUUUGCUGUUGAAUUUGACACUGUAAAUGGGCAUGAGGAAGACAAGAACACCAAAGGGAAUCAUGUUGGGAUCAAUAUCAAUAGCGUUUCAUCAGUUGCAUCCAAACCUGCUUCUUAUUCCAACUAUGGCGAUGCUAAUGAAAAGGACUUGCAAAUGGAUUCUGGUGAUGCUAUCAUUGCUUGGAUUGAGUAUGAUGGCCCCAACAAAAUUGUGAACGUCACCGUAGCUCCCUUCACAAAACAGCAAAAGAAACCAACAGAUCGACUCCUUUCCCAUCAGAUUGACCUGAAAGAUGUUCUAAAGGAACAAAUGUUUGUUGGCUUCUCGGCUUCAACAGGAGACCAAACAAGCUCUCAUUACAUUUUGGGAUGGAGUUUUGCGGUGAAUGGACCAGCGCCGUCGUUGAAUUACUCUCUCCUUCCCAACCCUCCAAAAGAGCAAGAUCUUGUUCCUCCGCCAUCCAAUUCCCACUUCAAGGUACUCAUAGCAGUUUUUUCUGUGGUGACCAUUCUAGGAAUCUUUUUCUUAGCUUUCUGGUUUAGAAGAAUGUGGCAAACUGAGUGGCUUGAGGAUUGGGAACGAGACUGUCCUCAUAGAUUCAACUACAGAGAUCUUUACACAGCAACAAAAGGAUUCAAAAACAGCGGGCUAAUUGGAAUUGGGGGGUUUGGCUCAGUAUACAAAGGUCAGAUACGUUCAACUGGAAUUGAGAUUGCUGUGAAGAGAGUUAGAAAAUACUCGCGCCAAGGAAUGAAAGAAUUCGCAGCAGAAAUCGAAAGCUUAGGACGACUAAGACACAAAAACUUGGUGAAUCUCCAAGGAUGGUGCAAGAAAAGGAACGAUCUACUCAUAGUUUACGAUUAUAUUCCAAAUGGAAGCCUCUAUUCACUUCUAUAUCAUCCAAAAAACAACAACAUAUUGAAUUGGAAACAGAGAUUCAACAUUCUCAAAGGAAUUGCAGCAGGAUUAUUGUACCUUCACGAAGAGUGGGAGCAGGUAGUGAUCCACCGAGAUGUGAAGCCAAGCAAUGUUCUAAUAGACGCCGACAUGAAUGCUCGAUUGAGCGAUUUCGGUCUCGCCAGGCAAUACGACCACGCCGAAGAAUCGUACACAACCGGCGUCGUCGGCACGAUUGGCUACAUAGCGCCGGAGUUGGUACGCACCGGUAAGGCUUCGAAAAACACCGAUGUGUUUGGCUAUGGAGUUUUGCUUCUGGAAGUGGCAUGUGGAAGAAAGCCUCUGGAAUCGGAUCAGUUCAUACUGGUGGAAUGGGUGAUGGAAUGCUAUGAAACGGGACAGAUCCUUUAUGCGGCUGAUCCGAAGUUGAAUUUGGUUUAUGAGGUUGAAGAAAUGGAGAUGGUGCUGCAGUUAGGGCUUCUUUGUACUCACCAGAGACCAGAAGCUCGGCCGACCAUGAGACAGGUCACGAGGUUCCUUCACGGCGACGAUCCAGUUCCAGCGGUCGACGAUUGGGCUUGUUCCCAAACUUACUCCAAAUGUAACUCGAGAAUUACUGAAGUGAUUUCAGCAAGGUCUUAUCGUUCCUUGUCCAUUGGCGCCAUUUCUUCUAGCUCCAUAGACGCGGGCCGGUAGUUACCAUUUUACCCUUCUUUUAUCCUGUUUUUAAAUAUUGUAAAAAUAUUUGUUUUAAUUUUUUUUAAA